AUGCUACGGAAGACCGUGCAGGACGUGACUCAGCGCGCGAGAAAGUCGCAGGCACUCAAGCAGAUCACGGCCACGCACGAGCGCUUACCAUUUUCCCCCAGCCUCAAUGUCAGCUGUGUCUUGUGGACUGCAGACCGCAAAUACAAACCGGCUGCGAGCAAGCAAGCGCCAGUUGAGAGCUUCCAAGACCCGUUUGCCAAGGAGAACUUGGACCAAGACUUGUUUAUUACGCAACUGCACGGGACGCACAAUCUCGUACUUAACAAGUUCAGUAUCGUCGACGAGCACGUGGUGCUUGCUACGGUCGAUCUUGCCCCGCAGGAGGAGCCUCUGGACGCUGCCGAUUUCCGCGCCAUGUGGACGGCCAUGCAGGAACUGGACACGUUUGCCUUCUUCAACUGUGGAGUUGAGAGCGGCGCUAGCCAACCUCAUAAACACAUGCAACUCAUGACGUAUCGAUCCAUGAAAGACAUCAUGGGGCUUGAUACGCCGUCGCUGCUGUACUUUAUCGACCAGCAGCUGCGCGCGCACUCAAUGUCCCAGACUGUUCAGCUACCGGAGCUUCCCUUCUGCCACUUCCUCCAUCGUAUUGAUGUUGCAGAUGGUACCGACAGCGAGAAGGCAGCGGCCGACGUGGUCGCUAUCUACGAUAAGGUUCUUCGCCAGAUGAACAGCACGGCGUCUCUAAAAACUUCUGCGCAGUCCGGGACUUCGUCGUCGCUCUUUGUGUCGUACAACUUGUUGCUCACUUCGUCGUUCCUCUUCAUGAUCCCGAGGAAGACGGAGGGCUUCAAUGGCAUUGAAGUGAACUCGAUCGGCUUCAUCGGGUCUUUCUUUGUAUACAACGACAAGCAGCACGCGUACUUGACGGCGCACGAUGGAAUAGUGGAUCUCCUGCGCCAAGUUACGUUUCCACCAGCACAAGCGGAACAGUGA